GACCCUGGCGACCCCCGAGGGAGGCCCCUGUGGGCGCUGACCCCAGGGACGAGACGGAGCUGGCCGCGCAGCGAGCCUUAUCAGGGCCUUUGCCUCCGCAGCGACCUGGUGGCCGCGGUCCCCUGGAGACCUGCGUCCCGGGCGCGUCCCCUGUGGACAUCGAGCGCGAGACGACAGCUGCGUCCCCAAGUCGCCGCCGCGGAGCCAGGUCCAGUCAUGGCGGCUCUGUGGGCGUCAGCGUGGCUCUUGAUGCUCCUCCGUCCGGCGCUGGGUGAAGGGCAGCAGCCCCUGGCCGGGGACAAGGCCUCUCCUGUCGUCAACCUGAAGCUCGAUGCGCGGAAGAAACUGCUGACGUGGCGUUACAGCCGAGAGGUGACCCAGCACUCCUGCAGGAUCGUCACCCCCCUGGCCCCGGCCACCAGCACCACCCCUCGGGUGACCGCUGACCUCGCCUACAGGUGCGCCUUCCCCAACGCCCUGCUGCACCGCGGGGCCACCCUGACCCUGCGGGGCUCUUACGAGGGCGGUGACUUUGAGGAGGAGCUGGUCUUCCCCAGCGCAGGCAAGGAGGGCUCCCGGGCGACCGGCUUCUCCUGCCUCAUCUACGACGUGCGCUUCAUGAACUGCAGCUGGACGCGCGGCCCCGCGGCCCCCCGGGACGUCCAGUACCACCUCUACUCCUGGUUCUCCAGGGACGAGGAUGAGACCGAAUGCACCCAGUACAUGGUGGACUCRGCCGGGGUGCACGUGGGCUGCCAUUUCCAGGAACUGGGCGAAGCCAAGACCACAGACAACUACUUUUUCCUGCUCAACGGGACCAGCCACGAGGCGGCCAUCCAGUUCUUGGACUUUGCCCCUCUCGUGGCCUUUAAAAUCGAGAAGUACAACCCGCCGGCGAACGUCACCGUCCACUACAACGCGUCCAGCCACAGCCACGUCAUCCGGUGGCUCAACCCCCACCGGAGGUACGACCUAGCGAGCAGCACCUUCCGGUACGAGCUGGACAUCCAGAGGACGAGCGGCUCCCCGAAGAGAGACCCUGUCUUUCUAGAUGGGAAAGACGAAAACGAGUACUGGCCACCCAGCUCCGACUCGCGCACGGAGAACACCGUGCGCCUGAGGGUCAAGUACCAGCGCAACGAGAUCUGGAGCGAAUGGAGCCGGACGCUGCGCUUCGGCACCCCAGAAGAGGGAUACGGCAGCAUCCCUGUGACCCUGGUGGUGCUGGUGGUGGGGGCAGCCACGCUGUCCACGGUGGUCCUCAUGUUCCUUUGCAAAAGGUACUCGCUGUGGCGAAGGCUGUUCCCGCCCAUCCCGCGGGUGAAAGGGGAAGUGACCAGCGACUUGGCGUCAAAUCAGGUCACCUGGGCUGAGUCCCAGCCUCCACCAGACUCCCAGGAUCCCGAGGAAGUCCUUGCCGUGGAGGAAACACCGUAAUUGGUCCGUGGACGAGCAGAGAGACGAGUUCCGCGCCCCAUCCCUCUCCCAAAGAUGUCCCUUGUGUCCCGGGAUGGGCUCUGACCCUCCUGGAGAGAUGCUGAAGUGCACCGGGUCCUCCUCAGCCUCUGCCUCCCCUUCCCCCAGGAAAAGAUAAGCCAGGCGCGGCCGCUCACGCCUGUACUCCCGGAUGCUUGGGAGGCUGAGGCAGGAGGACGGCAAGGUGGAGGCCAGCCUCAGCAACUCAGCGGG